AUGGGGAGGAAGAUGGACAGGUAGGACAAGAGGGGUGUGUUAAAGUGGCAGGUAAUUGGAAGCUCAGGGUCUUCUUGUAGGCAGAGCUUCUGUGUUCUGUGAAACGGUCACCCAGUCUACACUGCCAAGUAUAAACCUGCUCAUUUACUCUGCCCCCAACUAAUGUUAAAUCUGCAUUGUAGCUCCAUUGUACAGUAAUGUCUUGGAGGCUAGAUCAAUGUACGUAAACACCAGGUAAAUACAAAUAUGACCUGCGUCUGACACAGCAGCUCCUGGUCUGGUUGCUAAUCCCUGACGAUCAGAACGAUCCCAGUCUGCCCCAGGUCCCCAGAUAAUCUCAGCUCGGGCCGUCUUGUGGGUCAUGGCCAUUACAGCUCCCCCCCAUUCUCACCCCCCCCCCCCCCAACAGUUGGCUACACAUCCCAUUCUGCUCCACCGCCAUAGUAACCACUGCAUCACCCACUUCCCACAAAACCAGGAUUCUUCGCCAAAUCCAUUUCCAUCCCCCACUGCAGGACACUGGGGUGAGGGAGGGAUGUGGGGUAAUGGAUCAUCACAAUGGAUUGGUCACUCCCCUUCCCACACCCUCCCAUUGGACACCAUCCCAGUGGGUCACUCCCCUUCCUGUACCCUCCCAUUGGACACCAUCCCAGUGGGUCACUCCCCUUCCCGUACCCUUCUAUUGGACACCAUACCAAUGGGUCAGUCCCCUUCCUGUAUCCUCCCAUUGGACUCCAUCCCAAUGGGUCAGUCCCCUUCCUGUACCCUCCAAUGGGACACCAUCCCAAUGGGUCAGUUCCAUUCCUGUAUCCUCCCAUUGGACUCCAUCCCAGUGGGUCAGUCCACUUCCUGUACCCUCCCGUUGGACAUCAUCCCAAUGGGUCAGUCCCCUUCCUGUACACUCCAAUGGGACACCAUCCCAAUCGGUCAGUCCCCUUCCUGUACACUCCAAUGGGACACCAUCCCAAUCGGUCAGUCCCCUUCCUGUACCCUCCAAUGGGACACCAUCCCAAUGGGUCAGUCCCCUUCCUGUACCCGCCUAUUGGACAGCAUCCCAAUGGGUCAGUCCCCUUCCUGUACCCGCCUAUUGGACACCAUCCCAAUGGGUCUGUCCACUUCCUGUACCCUCCCAGUGGGUCUGUCCCCUUCCUGUACUCUCUCAUUGGACUCCAUCCCAGUGGGUCAGUCCACUUCCUGUACCCUCCCGUUGGACUCCAUCCCAGUGGGUCAGUUCACUUCCUGUACCGGCCUAUUGGACAGCAUCCCAAUGGGUCAGUCCACUUCCUGUACCCUCCCAGUGGGUCAGUUCACUUCCUGUACCCGCCUAUUGGAUACCAUCCCAAUGGGUCUGUCCACUUUCUGUAUCCUCCCAUUGGACACCAUCCCAAUGGGUCACUCCCCUUCCCGUACCCUUCUAUUAGACACCAUCCCAAUGGGUCAGUCCCCUUCCCGUAUCCUUCUAUUGGACACCAUCCCAAUGGGUCAGUUCACUUCCUGUACCCUCCCAUUGGAUACCAUCUCAAUGGAUCAGUCCACUUCCUGUACCCUCCCAUUGGACACCAUCUCAAUGGAUCAGUCCACUUCCUGUACCCUCCCAUUGGACACCAUCCCAAUGGAUCAGUCCACUUCCUGUACCCUCACAUUGGACACCAUCCCCAUGGGUCACACUCUUUCCUGUACGCUCCCGUUGGACACCAUCCCAAUGGAUCACUUCCCUUUCCAAUCACUCCCGUUGGACAUGGAGGAUAUACUGGUCUUAGAAAGGGUUGAUGAGGUUGUGGGGGGCUGUGCUGGUUACUCUCAGAGGAAGGAAUAGAAGGAUUUGGUGAUGUGAGAUAGUGAAGGGGAUGUUGAGAGGAGGCUAGUUAAGAGCAGGAACAGCUGAAGAAGAGGGACCGAGUGGCUGUUUCUGUGCUGGAGAAUAAGUAAUCUUUGGGCCGAGGAGAAAGUAAGGACUGCAGAUGCUGGAGAUCAGUCGAAGGCCCAGUCUUGGGCCUUCCUUGAUUCCUGGAUGUGCCAACAAACAAAAUCUGAAAACACCCAGAUUCUCAUAUAGUUUGCAUCUACAAGCUACAACUGGAAAUAUAAUAAUGCUCUAUUUUAGCACUGAAUUCAAACAGCAAGCUGGAACAUUGCGAUAUAAUUCUGUUCACGUAAUAUCCUGAAUAAAGUUAUUUUCUGCUGGUAUGGGUAA